AUGAUUCCAGAUAGGAAGACAAGAUUUUUAGUUGAUCAACAGCUUGAGGCAUUCAAGUCUGCCAAGGGACUUUUUGGAAGGAGCAUGGCAAUAGAUACUAGAAACAAAAAACAACCCGCUCUUUGGUGGGAAAGUUAUGGAGGAGAAGGCAAGGAGUUACAAAAGGUAGCUAUGAGAAUUUUGAGUCUCACAUGUAGUGCUACUGGAUGUGAAAGAAAUUGGAGUACAUUUGAUCAAGUGCAUACUAAACGAAGAAAUCGCUUAGAACAACAAAGGUUAAAUGCACUUGUAUUUGUUAAGUACAACCUUCAACUUGAGAUGAGACAAAAGAUUAGAGAGGAAAAAGGACAGACAUAUGAUCCAAUUUGUUUAUCAGAUAUUGAAUCUGAUGAUGAGUGGAUCACUGAAAAAGAAAACCCAUGCUUGCCAGUGGAUGGGUCAUGGAUGGACAUACAUGAGAGUUUCACUCUUGAUGAAGGAGCUCCAAGCAAGAAAAGAAAGAGAGGUCCAAGAAAUUUGAAUGCCAAAACGAGUAGCAAAGGGAAAUCUAUAGUGGAACAAGAGAAUGAGAAUGAAGAUAAUGUUGAAGAUGGGGAAGAGGAGGACGAUGAAGAAGUGACAUUAUUAAUGGAGGAUGAUCAUGAAUUGAGUGACAUUGAUCUUGGAGAUGAUGAAUGAUGAAUUGAAUUUUA